GCCACGGCAGCUCUCGAGCUCGGAUGUCUGCUCGAUAGGACUGACACGUGCUGAAGAUUAAAAAAAAAAAAAAAAAAAGAAGAAAAACUAAAUAAAAAAUAACGACCACACCCAGGGUUUGAAUUUAAUGUAAUUUUGAUAGAUUUUUUUGUAUAUAUUUUUAAGGUGGGAUUUUAUUUGACUAAUUUUGCUUGAAGAGAGGAAGAAUUCAUUUUUGCAACCAUGGGAAGAGGGGAAGGACGAGAGCAGUAUGAGCUGGCCGCGACCUCUGAGCAGGGCGGGAAGAAGAAGGCAAAGGGGAAGAAGAAGGAAAAGGAUAUGGAUGAACUGAAGAAGGAAGUGGACAUGGAUGAUCACAAGCUGAAUCUGGAUGAGCUCCAGCGCAAAUAUGGAACAGACCUCAGCAAUGGUUUGACUGGUGCAAAAGCUGCUGAGAUUCUGGCUCGCGAUGGCCCAAAUGCCCUCACACCUCCUCCCACCACCCCAGAGUGGGUGAAAUUCUGCAAACAGAUGUUUGGCGGUUUUUCCAUGCUGCUGUGGACUGGAGCUAUCCUCUGUUUCCUGGCCUAUGGGAUCCAGGCUGCAAUGGAAGAGGAGCCUGCAAAUGACAAUUUGUACUUGGGUGUUGUGCUAUCUGCUGUCGUCAUCAUCACUGGUUGCUUCUCGUACUAUCAAGAGGCCAAGAGCUCCAAGAUCAUGGACUCCUUCAAGAACCUGGUCCCACAGCAAGCCCUAGUGGUCCGUGAUGGCGAGAAGAAGAGCAUCAAUGCAGAGGAGGUGGUUGUCGGAGAUCUAGUGGAGGUGAAAGGUGGAGACAGGAUUCCUGCUGACCUCAGGAUCAUUUCUGCUCACGGCUGCAAGGUGGACAACUCCUCCCUGACUGGAGAAUCAGAACCUCAAACUCGUACUCCAGACUUCUCUAAUGAGAACCCACUGGAGACCCGAAACAUUGCUUUCUUCUCGACCAACUGCGUUGAAGGAACUGCUCGUGGUAUCGUGAUUAGCACCGGAGACCGUACAGUCAUGGGUCGGAUUGCUACGCUGGCUUCUGGACUAGAGGUUGGACGCACUCCAAUCUCCAUCGAGAUUGAGCAUUUCAUCCACAUCAUCACUGGUGUGGCCGUCUUCCUGGGUGUCUCCUUCUUUGUGCUGUCCCUCAUCCUGGGAUACACCUGGCUGGAGGCAGUCAUCUUCCUCAUCGGUAUCAUUGUAGCCAACGUCCCAGAAGGUCUCCUGGCUACUGUCACCGUUUGUCUGACGCUGACUGCCAAGCGUAUGGCCAAGAAGAACUGCCUGGUGAAGAACCUGGAAGCUGUCGAGACCCUGGGCUCCACCUCCACCAUCUGCUCGGACAAGACCGGCACCCUCACCCAGAACAGGAUGACCGUGGCCCACAUGUGGUUUGACAACCAGAUCCAUGAAGCCGACACCACAGAGAACCAGAGCGGCACCUCCUUUGACAGGAGCUCCUCCACCUGGGCGGCUCUGGCCAGAGUCGCCGGACUCUGCAACCGAGCCGUCUUCCUGGCUGAGCAGAGCAACAUCCCCAUUCUGAAGAGAGAUGUGGCUGGCGAUGCUUCGGAGUCUGCUCUUCUGAAGUGCAUCGAGCUUUGCUGUGGAUCAGUGGCGCAAAUGAGAGAGAAAACUCCCAAAGUUGCUGAGAUCCCAUUCAACUCCACCAACAAGUACCAGCUCUCCAUUCACAAGAACUCUGGACCUGAUGCAGAAUCAAAGCACCUGCUGGUGAUGAAAGGAGCCCCAGAGAGGAUUUUGGACCGCUGCGCCACAAUUAUGAUUCAGGGCAAAGAGCAGGCUCUGGAUGAUGAAAUGAAAGAUGCUUUCCAGAAUGCCUACCUUGAACUCGGAGGUCUAGGAGAGAGGGUGCUUGGGUUCUGUCAUUUCAACCUGCCUGAUGAGCAGUUCCCGGAUGACUUUGCUUUUGACUCUGAGGAAGUAAACUUCCCUAUCGAGAACCUGUGCUUUCUUGGCCUCAUAUCUAUGAUCGAUCCUCCUCGAGCUGCCGUGCCUGAUGCUGUGGGUAAAUGCAGGAGUGCAGGAAUCAAGGUUAUAAUGGUAACUGGUGAUCAUCCAAUCACAGCCAAGGCUAUCGCUAAAGGAGUAGGGAUUAUCUCUGAAGGCAAUGAGACUGUUGAGGACAUUGCAGCGCGGUUGAAUAUUCCAAUCAAUGAAGUUAAUCCAAGGGAUGCAAAGGCCUGUGUUGUGCAUGGUGGGGACCUAAAAGAUCUGGCCCCAGAGCAGCUCGAUGACAUCUUGAAGCACCAUACAGAAAUCGUUUUUGCCAGGACCUCCCCACAGCAGAAACUCAUUAUUGUUGAAGGCUGCCAGAGACGGGGAGCCAUCGUGGCCGUGACAGGGGAUGGUGUAAACGACUCGCCUGCUCUGAAGAAAGCCGACAUCGGUGUUGCCAUGGGGAUCGCUGGGUCUGACGUCUCCAAGCAGGCGGCUGACAUGAUCCUGCUGGACGACAACUUUGCCUCCAUUGUUACAGGAGUGGAAGAAGGUCGUCUGAUCUUUGACAACUUGAAGAAAUCCAUUGCCUACACUCUGACGAGCAACAUCCCUGAGAUCACCCCGUUCCUCCUCUUCAUCAUCGCCAACAUCCCUCUGCCUCUGGGAACCGUCACCAUCCUCUGUAUCGAUCUGGGAACUGACAUGGUUCCUGCCAUAUCCCUGGCGUACGAAGCAGCCGAGAGCGACAUCAUGAAGAGACAGCCCAGGAACCCAAAAACCGACAAGCUGGUGAACGAGAGGCUGAUCAGCAUCGCUUACGGGCAGAUCGGAAUGAUCCAGGCGUUGGCAGGCUUCUUCACUUACUUUGUGAUCCUGGCUGAAAACGGCUUCCUGCCUUCCACUCUCUUCGGGAUCCGAGUAAACUGGGAUAAUAAGUACAUCAACGACCUGGAGGACAGUUAUGGACAGCAGUGGACCUACGAGCAGAGGAAGAUUGUGGAGUUCACCUGCCACACAGCGUUCUUCGUCAGCAUCGUCAUCGUACAGUGGGCUGAUGUGAUCAUCUGCAAGACCAGGAGGAACUCCGUCUUUCAGCAGGGCAUGAAGAAUAAGAUCCUGAUCUUCGGACUGUUUGAGGAGACCGCCCUUGCUGCCUUCCUCUCCUACUGCCCAGGCAUGGACGUUGCCCUCAGAAUGUACCCUCUAAAACCCAACUGGUGGUUCUGCGCCUUCCCAUACUCCCUGCUCAUCUUUAUCUAUGAUGAGAUCCGUAAACUGAUCCUCAGACGCAGCCCAGGAGGCUGGGUGGAACGGGAGACCUACUACUGAAGAACCCAUCAGUCCAGUCAGCUGGCAUCCUUGUCCUCCACUCUUUCUGUCUUGCAUGAAUAUUGUCUUGCUGCUCGGAAUAAAAGUUUUAACCUCUGUCACAAAUAAUUUGGAACGUGUUUUUAUAUUAGGGAAUGCUUGAUACUACUAUUAGAUAAAUACUGAGAUGGAACGUGGUGAUGAUAAUGUUGAUGAUAAAAUGAUAAUGCUAACAAUGAGAUGAACACUGAACAUUGACAUGACUAUGCGUGCCUUGUUUCUGAAACAGGACCAAUUUUAUACAUGUUUUUAACAGUUAUGAACGUUCAAUAAAAAUGCACUCGAGUCAGGUUCCAAAA